UCCUCCAUAUGUUGAACAUCUCACCAUUCACAUAUGGUAUGACUGUUGUCCAGAUCUUCGACUCUGGAAAUGUGUUCUCUCCUGAAGUUCUCGACAUCAAUGAGAAGGUGCUCAUUUACUGCUUCUUGUCUGGCAUCCAGACUAUUGCUGCCAUCUCACUUGCCUUCAAGUGCCCUACUGUUGUCUUGGUCAUGCACUCUGAAUCCCUUGUCAACAUCAUUGCUUUGUGCUUGUCCGCCGACUACAUCUUUGAGGGUGCCCAGAAGUCUACAUGUUAA